AUGGGCGCAAAAAAAUCGAAAGAAAAGUUUGGGUCAGUCUCCAGUACAGGUGCAUCUAAUACAACUAUGACAACAACAACGCCAUCAACACGUCAGCGCAUGGCCCAAAACUAUCUGUUGGUUUGGGUCGAUGCAACCAUCGAUCAAAACAACAAAGAUUGCCAGGAUACGUUGACACAGCUCCGUACUGUUGUCAAUGAUGUCAUUAUGUUCAAUCAAUCAGAUGCAUGCAUUCAAUUUCUCGAUCAAACGAAUGAUGAACAAGCUUUCGUUAUUACGUCGGGAUCGCUUGGUCAACAUUUGGUUCCUGAAAUUCAUGGCAUGCCAACAUUAGGUGCUAUUUACAUAUUUUGUGGCAACGUAUCCUAUCAUGAACAAUGGACCAAGAAUUGGAACAAGAUCAAGGGUGUUCAUAAUAAUAUCAAGGACAUCUGUGACGCCUUAAACGAAGGUGUCAAACAAGUUAAUCAGGAUUCAAUCCCUAUUAGUUUUGUCACGACGAAUGAAGUGGUGUCCAGUGACAGUCUGAAUCAACUGGAACCAAAUUAUAUGUACACACAAAUAUUCAAGGAUAUUCUCCUUAAAAUGGAACAUGAUCAAGAACAAGCCAUCGACAUCUUAGCAGUUUAUUGUUGCAAAUUUUAUUCGGACAAUAUUGAUGAAUUAAGUGUUAUUGCUGAAUUCAAGCGUGAUUAUCGUCCAGAACAAGCAAUUUUGUGGUAUACACGCGAGUGUUUUACCUAUCAAAUGCUCAAUCGAGCACUUCGAACAUUGGAUGCCGAUACAAUUAUUAAUAUGGGAUUUUUUAUUCGUGAUCUUCACCAACAAUUGCAUCAACUACAUGAACAACAACUUUCGAAUUAUCAUGGUGAGCCGUUUUUCGUUUAUCGAGGACAAGGUUUGUUCAAAACAGAUUUCGAGAAACUCAAAAAAACAAAAGGUGGUCUCAUGUCGUUUAAUAAUUUUUUAUCCACCAGCACGAAAAAAGAUGUUUCCCUUCGGUUCGCCAAGGGCGCCUUAGGAAAUCCAGAUAUGGUAGGAAUACUUUUUAUAAUGACUAUUGAUCCUCGUGUCUCAUCAACACCAUUCGCCUCUAUUAAGGAGGUUAGUUAUUUCAAAGCAGAAGAAGAAAUUCUCUUCUCUAUGCACACUGUGUUUCGAAUAGCUGCAAUUAAACAAACGGACAAUGAUGAUCGACUUUAUGAAGUUGAACUUCAACUAACUGCUGACGAAGAUGAACAACUUCGACAAUUGACUGACUGUAUAAGCAAAGAGGUUGACGGUAGCACAGGAUGGCACCGAUUAUGUAAUUUAUUACGUAAAACAGGUCAUUUCGAUAAGGCUGAAGAACUAUAUCAAGUAGUAUUAGAACAACCAUCGAGUGAGGAUGACAAGCCAUUUUAUUAUAAUAAUCUUGGAUAUGUCAAAGACCAGCAAGGUCAUUAUGAACAAGCUAUCGAGUAUUUCGAAAAAGCACUUGGAAUGUGGGAAAAAACUCUUCCUGCAAAUCAUUCUUUGUUGGCUACUUCACACAACAACAUUGGUAGUGUGUAUAAGAAUAUGAAAGAGCACUCGAAAGCACUUUCAUUUUUCGAAAAAGCACUUGAAAUCAAUGAAAAAAUUCUCCCUGAAAAUCAUCCUCACAUGGCUAUGUCCUACAACAACAUUGCCAGUGCGUAUAAUGGUAUGAGGGAGUACUUGAAAGCAAUUGCAUUUUAUGAAAAAGCAGUUGGAAUUAAUGAAAAAGCUCUUCCUGCAAAUCAUCCUGACUUGGCUAUUACCUAUAACAACAUCGCUAGUGCUUAUGAUGAUAUCGGGGAGUACUCGAAAGCAAUUGCAUUUUAUGAAAAAGCGCUUGGAAUCCAAGAAAAAACUCUUCCCGAAAAUCAUCCUGACUUGGCUACUUCCUACAACAACGUCGGUCUUCUAUAUUAUAACAUAAAAGAAUAUUCAAAAGCACUUUCAUUUUACGUAAAAGCACUUGGAAUCCAAGAAAAAACUCUUCCUACAAAUCAUCCUCACUUGGAUAAUUCCUAUAACAACAUUGGUAGUGCGUAUCAGAACAUGAAGGAGUACACGAAAGCACUUUCAUUUUAUGAAAAAGCACUUGGAAUCCGAGAAAAAACUCUUCCUACAAAUCAUCCUGACUUGGCUACUUCCUACAACAACAUUGGUAGUGUGUAUGAUAACAUAGGAGAGUACUCGAAAGUACUUUCAUUUCAUGAAAAAGCACUUGGAAUCCGAGAAAGAAUCCUUUCUGCAAAUCAUCCUGACUUGGCUGCUUCAUACAGCAGCAUUGGUAUGUUGUAUUAUAAAAUGGGAGAGUACUCGAAAUCAGUUUCAUUUUGUGAAAAAGCACUUGGAAUCCAAGAAAAAAUCCUUCCUGCAAAUCAUCCUGAUUUGGCUGCUACGUACGGCAGCAUUGGUAUUAUGUAUGAUAUCAUGGGAGAAUACUCAAAAGCACUCUCAUAUUUUGAACGUGCUUAUGAUAUUACGAAAGUUUCAUUACCACCAAAUCAUCCUGAUCUUAAAGCUGUGAAAGAGGUUGUUGACAAUGCAAAAAAGAAAUUAUAA